UCAGCAGAGAAACAAGUGUAUGAGCUGCAGUCAACCGCUCCACAUCACACGCACACACCAGUGCGCUUGUGUUGGCUUUUAAAGGAGAGUUUGCAGGCAUUUUGCGAAGUAUAACCCGUGAAUAUGGCAUCGGUUUGUGCGGUGGCGCGCGUUUUUCUCUGUUUGAACGUCGUCAAAGUUUACUUGGUGAGCUCGGAGCUGAACGGAGAGAUUCCCGCGGAAGAGCCCACCAUCCACAAGCCUGCUCGAGAUAUGAUGACUGUUCAUAUGUACAGAGCUUAUGAUAAAUACAGCAAGAAGCAGCAGCAGCAUCAACAACAACUCAAUGUCAAUACAAUCCGAAGCUUUAGAGGAGUCCCAGAGCUCUCCCAUCACAAGGUGGUGUUCCACUUCAACCUGACCUCCAUUCCCGAUUCGGAGAUGAUAUUGACGUCAGAUCUGCAUUUUCCUGACCUACAGUCUCGCCCUCGUUCUUGGGCCUGCCAGCGUUCCCGAAGAUCCUCCUGCCGCCUUCAAUACCUUCAAACAUCGACCACUGCACGUCUAAUCAUUAAAGCGUCAUCACCAAACGCUGCCGUCCCAACUCAACUCAGCAACAUCACAUUAUCACCAAACAGAAAAACACUUUGGCAGACUACGGAUGUAUCAUCAGCUAUGAAGCAAGCUCAAGCAAACGCCGAGCUCUUAAUUACUAUGGAGUUUGACUUUGGUCACUACAAACGACAAGAUGAUUUACCUCCUCACAGCAUGCCGUUCAUUCUCGUGUAUGCUGACGAUAUUGACAUAACAGAGCCGAAUAGUGUUGCUGGAAGUCUUCAGAGAUACAGUCCAUCUCCUGUUGACAGCAAAGCAUCCCCUUUAACAUCUAGAAUCAGGAGAGAAGUUGGUCAUUUAAAGGAGAAUCAGGUCCCUGGUGUGCGGUACAAUGAUCUGAAGAGCCGGGAGUUAUGGGAUAAUGCGUUUUUUGCGAAAAAAAACAAACCCUUGACUGACAACGAAGGCUCGAGGGGGUCUCAGGAGCUCACUUUUGAUGAGAAGACCAUGAAAAAAGCGAGACGCAAGCAGUGGAGCGAGCCGAGAGUGUGCACGCGGCGAUAUCUGAGGGUGGACUUUGCUGACAUCGGUUGGAGUGAAUGGAUAUUAGCUCCCAAAGCUUUUGACGCCUACUACUGCGCAGGAACAUGUGCAUUCCCAAUUCCUAAGGUUGUCCAUCCAUCCAAUCAUGCGACCAUCCAGAGUAUAGUGAGAGCGGUUGGGAUUGUUCCUGGAGUCCCGGAUCCGUGCUGUGUCCCGGAUAAGAUGAGCUCUCUGGCCGUACUCUUCUUGGACUCCAGCAGGAAUAUGCUAGUGAAGAUCUAUCCCAGCAUGUCUGUGGAAACCUGUGCCUGUCGAUAAACUACUAAAGCAACACUAAUGGACAUACAGAUAAACAAUCUGCAAAACACGAUUAACUCUGCUCAAGGGACUGCUUUUAUAUCUGCAAAUAAGACCUCAACACCUCAGAUAAUACAGGAUCUUUGCACACAAACAUUGUAUUCUCUGUCCACUCUUUAAUUUUGAAUGAAUUGUAUAUAAUUCUUAUUGUGACAUACACUCACCGGCCACUUUAUUAGGUACACCUGGUCAACUGCUCGUUAAUGCAAAUUAUUUAUCAGGCAAUCACAUGGCAGCAACUCAACGCAUUUAGGCACGUAGACAUGGUCAAGAUGAUCUGCUGCAGUUCUAACCGAGCAUCAGAGCGAGGAAGAAAGGGGAUUGUUGGUGCCAGACGGGCUGGUCUGAGUAUUUCUGAAACUGCUGAUCUACUGGGAUUUUCACGCACAACCAUCUCUAGAGUUUACAGAGAAUGGUCUGAAAAAGAGGAAAUAUCCAGUGAGCGGCAGUUCUGUGGGCGCAAAUGCCUUGUUGAUGCCAGAGGUCAGAGGAGAAUGGCCAGACUGGUUCCAGCUGAUAGAAAGGCAACAGUAACUCAAAUAAGCACUCGUUACAACCGAGGUCUGCAGAAGAGCAUCUCUGAACACACAACACGUCCAACCUUGAGGCGGAUGGGCUACAGCAGCAGAAGACCACACCGGGUGCCACUCCUGUCAGCUAAGAACAGGAAACUGAGGCUACAAUUCACACAGGCUCACCAAAACUGGACAAUAGAAGAUUGGAGAAACGUUGCCUGGUCUGAUGAGUCUCCAUUUCUGCUGCCACAUUCGAAUGGUCGGGUCAGAACUUGACAUCAACAACAUGAAAGCAUGGAUCCAUAUUGCCUUGAAUGAAUGGUUCAGGCUGGUGGUGGUGGUGUAAUGGUGUGGGGGAUAUUUUUUGACACACCAUGUUCAUCCCUUUAUGACCACAGUGUACUCAUCUUCUGAUGGCUACUUCCAGCAGGAUAACGCGCCAUGUCAUAAAUCACGAAUCAUCUCAGACUGGUUUCUUGAACACAACAUUGAGUUCACUGUACUCAAAUGGCCUCCACAGUCAUCAGAGCUCAAUCCAAUGUAGCACCUUUGGGAUGUGGUGGAACGGGAGAUUCACAUCAUGAAUGUGCAGCCGACAAAUCUGCAGCAACUGCAUGAUGCUAUCAUGUCAAUAUGGACCAACAUCUCUGAGGAAUAUUUCCAGUAACAUAAGGAUUAAGGCAGUUCUGAAGGGGCUCCCACACAGUACUAGUAUGGUGUACCUAAUAUAGUGGCCGGUCAGUGUAUCCUGUACGCUGAUGGUAAGAUUUCAUUUAGCAAUGAAUACAUGAUGAAUUUAAAAAGGACAAAGAGAUUUAAAUGCAUUUCUGUAAAUAAACCUGGUAACAUUG